AUAUAGUAUAGAUUCACAACUUGAACUACUGAUAAUCCAGAAUUUAAAAAUAAAAAUCCCAUUCCCAAUCAAAAUUCCUAUCCGAUAAGUUUUGGGUAUUCCCCAUUCCCAAAUUGUUUUAAUGUUGCUGUUGAUGACUUCCACGUGGCAUCUCUUAAUUUUUAAGAGAUCUUACAAACCCAUGAAAGUCUCUUGAUCCGAGUUCAUAACGGAUUAACUCUUUUAUCAAUCGAAUCCCUAAUAUACCGAGUUUUUGUCAAUCAAGGGUUUUGUUUUUUACAAUCGCUUCGCUUAUAAGUCUCCUUCUAUAUACUAAGGUCUUCCUAUACAAUUAUUUUUGUUGCCGGCUUUGGUUUGGCUAUUACCUAUCCGGCCACAGAGUCCAGAGUCAUCUUUCUUUUUAGUAUUUUUCCAUGGAUUCGGAGGAUGAUAUGUUCCCUGUGAUCGACGCCAAAUCUCUCAGCGAUGACUCCAACGGCAACAACAUCGGCGGCUGCGGUGACGACACCGACAAUUACGACACCGAUGACAACUCGGCCAGUUGCGAUCAGCAACCCUAUAAAGUCCUGAACGAAGACGAUAUACGCCAGCGUCAAGAUGAUGAUAUUGUAAGUAUUUCUCUUGUUCUUUCUGUAACAAGAACAGCUUCAUCCAUACUAUUGCGUCACUAUAACUGGAGUGUGAGUGCCGUGCACGAGGCAUGGUUUGCUGAUGAAGAUGGCGUCCGCGAAGCUGUUGGUUUGUUGAAAAACCCGAUUUUUCGAUUUCGGAGCAAGAGAAAACUGACCUGUGGGAUCUGUUUAGAGAAGCGUCCCGCUGAUUUGAUGAAAAAUGCAGGUUGUGGGCACCUUUUUUGCAGUACAUGCUGGGGAACGUACAUCAGUACAUCCAUUGGUGAUGGCCCUGAUAUGAUUGAUAUGAUGGUUUCUGAUGAAGACAAGAGGAAGUAUUCUAGGUAUCUUCUUCGAUCUUAUGUUGAAGGCAGCAGAAAGAUCAAGUGGUGUCCUGGCCCGGGAUGUGACUAUGCCGUUGAAUAUGAUCUUGGAAGUGGAAACUACGACGUUUCAUGCCUCUGCUCCUACAGCUUUUGUUGGAAUUGCAUAGAGGAAGCCCAUCGCCCGCUGGACUGUGAUACUGUGGCCAAGUGGAUAGCAAAGAACAAUUCUGAAGCUGAAAACACCAACUGGAUCCUGGCUUUUACUAAGCCUUGUCCGAAGUGCAAGAGACCAAUUGAGAAAAAUCAUGGUUGUAUGCACAUGACAUGCAGGGCACCUUGUGGCUUUGAAUUUUGCUGGGUAUGCCUUCGGAAAUAUCCAACCUGUCAGGCUUCAUGUAAUCAGUAUAGGGAAAACAAGGGAGAUGAUGAUGAAGCUGCAACGAGAAUGAAGGCAAAGAAUUAUAUACAGAGAUAUACUCAUUAUUAUGAACGCUGGGCAACCAACAAAUCGUCAAGGCAGAAAGCUCUAGCAGAUUUACAUCUGACGCAAACUCUGCAUAUUGACAAACUUGGUAUAAAACAGGCUCAAAGUAGAGCUGAAUUGAAAUUCCUCAUAGAAGCCUGGUUACAGAUAGUUGAAUGUAGGCGGGUUCUAUCAUGGAGCUACGCAUAUGGAUACUACAUACCUGAGCAUGAACAUGCCAAAAGGCAGUUAUUUGAGUACUUGCAAGGCGAUGCGGAGGCUGGCUUAGAAAGGCUUCAUCAAUGCGCAGAGAAGGAACUACAACCUUUCCUUGAUGCUGAAGGCCCUUCUGAUGACUUUAACAAUUUCCGCAAAAAGCUAGCUGGACUGACAUCGGUGACCCGAAAUUUCUUUGAGAACUUGGUUAGGGCAUUCGAGAAUGGUCUUUCUGAUGUGGAUUCUCAAGGAGCUUGCAGCAAACCACAAGAUCAAAAGGCAAAGCACCACCAAUGAUAUAGGCAGUUGGGCAUGUGAUCAGUGAACUUUAUUUGAACUUCAGGUCUUAGACCAUCUGUCAAACAUGCCAUCAGCAUCACAACCUGGAUAGUUCACACAGUUGGUAAUGGGCAUGCGAUCACUGCACCUAUUUAAAUUUCAAGUCACAAGUGUGGAUGACGUAAUAAUUAUAUAUCCUCCUUGCUUUGAUAGAACUUCUAUGAGUAGUAUUCAGGGAUUUUUAUAGCUAAGCAAAAAAAACAUUUUAAUGUAUG